GAACUACGGUACUACGGCGACGCGGAGCCACACCUAGGAGUUUCUCGAGAUUUUCACGAGGAAAACCGUGUAGGAGGCUAUUGCUGGUCGAGUUUCAUCUGAACUCGAUCAAUGGAGAGCUAUGAAGAAGACGACGACACCCAUUUCUGCAUCAAGUGUAACUUAACAAUCCACGGACUCGACAAUUAUGUGCGGCACCGUCGAUCAGGUUGCCGUCCGUCCGACGUUAAAAUCGAGAUCGCCCACGAGCCACCGUCGACUCCGACGACGGUGUCCUAUCCCGAGAUUCUGAACGCGGACGCGUUCUUCAGCUCGUUGGAGUUGCAGAGUAACGCUCGGCGAGCGCCCACUUUACUGGAUAACAGAAAAUUCAAGAAAGAUGACAAGAGAAAGAAGGACCAGAAGGGUCAGGUGGACGGUGACGAGGCCGGCGCGAAGGAUAAACUUCACAGCAUGUUACCCGCUGUCAGCGAUCUCGACGAACCGCCCGAUCUGUGCAUCCAGUCCCUCAAGCAGAACACCCUCGAUCGUAAGAGGCACGAGAAUCAGCAGAGUUGGUUGGAGGACGACACCAUCCUCGCCGACCUUUCUUUGGGGAAUAGCGCGAACAAGGAGCUGGCGAGAUACGACUUCGAGUACGAUGACUCCGAGGACGACAUGCUGGAGGAGGAAUUGGGGGAAGAUUCCUAUUCGGAUUCGGAUGACGGCGAAAACCGGGAGGGUCCGCCGCGGGAUCACACCGGCGGAAAGUGGAAGCCCGGACUCGACGAUUUGCCGCAGGACACGCCGCAUAUGCAUGAGGAGGACGCGGAGCCCGACGACGAUCAUCAGGAACAUCCCCCGCCGACGUAUACUGGCGGCAAAUGGCGACCCACAGAGACGUCACAAAAGGUCGAGGAAUACGAAAGCAAGAACACAUCCGGACAGCCGCCGCCAGGACACACACGAGGGAAAUGGGUACCGGGUGCACGAACGGAUAUCGAGUCGGGAUAUUGGUGCAAUCCUUGCGGCAGGAAGCUCGCCUCACGAUUGGUCUACAACAGGCAUCUGCUCUCUGAUUUGCACGCCAGGAGGAGCAUUAGGGAGCUCGACGGCGAAGCUCUCCAUCUACGGCGUGGAAUAAAUUCGCACGCGAGAGUGUCCAGAAGAGUGUCCACUCGUAAGAAGACGUCACUUGCAAUGAGAACGAAAGAGGAGCCCGAACAAAAGAAAGUUAAGAAAGGUCUGCGUCGAAGAGAGAAGGAGAUCCUCCUCUGCGAGAUGUGCCGCACGCGCGUGAGGAGGCCUCAAAUGGGUAAACAUUUGCUCUCCCAUUACCAUUGCCGUGUGUCAGGUGUCCUCGUGAAUCCUCGCAAUCCAAGCGUACGCCGUUUCCUUCUGGAGCACAUAGCGAACGUGGUCCGACAGAGCCCCUUCCAGUGCGCUCCUUGUCGUUUUUACUGCAACACCGAGGAGACGUUUCUGCUUCAUUGGCGUUCCGAUCUUCAUUCCAAGACCGUAAAACAGAUCGGCGGUAGUUGCCGAUGCACUCCGUGCAACUUCUGGUGCGCAGACAACGCGACAAUGGAGUCUCACCUCCUGAGUACGAGUCAUCGUGACGUGGUAUCGAUGAUGAAGGGCUCUGUGCCGGUAGUAAUUAGUCGUCAACGUACGUUAUCCUGCGGCAGUUGCGAUCGGCAAUUCCGAUACAACUUCCAGCUGCGUUUGCACGCCAGGGAGACCGGUCACACCGCGAGCCACACCGCGUCGGACGUGUAUCAGCAGCGUAUCAAGUGCGAUCUGUGCCCCCAAGUCCUCCGGUCGCUGGUCGCGCUUCAACGUCACCAGCUGACUAAUCACGUCACCAAGGACAAGGAGAAGAGCGAGGUCGUGGUGGACGCGCGACCGACGCCGUACUUCUGCUCCUUCUGCUCGAUGAACUUCAUUACCGCCCAAGAAGCGGUGCUGCAUCGAAGAACCUCUAGUCACAAGGAAACCGUGAAGGCGCGCAAGAGCGAGGAAGGUCUGUUGGACACGGAGCGAGAUUGCCCUCACUGCGACCAGAAGCAGCCGAAUCUUGCGGCGCACAAGAAUCAUCUGCUUCUUUGCCAUUCGGAACUUUGCCACAGAUGUCCACGAUGUGGCACGCUUUUCGCCUUAUCACAAGACGUCACUAGGCACACGCGAGAGGGUAAUUGUCUCAAGAACGAUAAGUCGGACGCGGGUGAAGCAGAGAGUGAGGAGAAAGAAUGGAAAUGCAAGGAAUGCAUCUUCUCCACGGAUUCCAAAGCCGAAUUCAUUUUUCACGAGGCCCUGCAUGCCGGUGCCGUUGAAGAAACGAAUAAAGGCUCCGGUUCGAGCAAAUUGCCGAAAUAUAAGUGCCCGACUUGUGCGAAGGCUUUCCCGAAAACAUCGCUACGUAAUCACAUCAGGCAACAUACCGGGGAGAAGCCCUUUCCCUGCAUGAGAUGUUCGAUCUCAUUCGCGAGGAGAUCGCUUCUCAUCAUUCAUCAGAGGCUGUGCAGCACUUCGUCGAAAUCUCUGGACAAAACUGGCCGUCGGCGCAGCUUCAUCUGUUCGCAUUGCAAGGAAGGCUUCUACACAAAACAUGCCCUUCGACAGCACAUGCUGCGACACGCCGGUAAGAAGUACAAGUGCGGUCUUCCGGGUUGUCCAACGAUACUUCGUACCGCAACCGAGCUGAAGACGCACCGCAGGUUGGUCCAUGACAACAUCGAGAAGCAGUAUUCGUGUCCUGAUUGCUCCUACGCCGCUAAAACGAAGACGCAAUUGCGCAGGCACAGAAUUCGGCACGAGGAUUCCGCGAACGCCGAGAAGGUUCAAAUCCAUUCCUGCACCUACAAGGGCUGCAACUUCAAGACGAAGCUCGGCUCGAAUCUGCGGAGACACGUGCGUCUGCACACGGGUGCCAAACCAUACAAGUGUCGACAUUGUCCCUACGCCAGUAACACCUUGGAAAAUCUUCGGAAACACAUACUGUCGACGAAUCUGCAUCCGGGUAAGACGAUCUACGAGUGCGACUUUUGCAAGAAGAAGAAGGAAAAAGAGACGGAUCCGUUCUGCACGAAUUUCGCCAAGGAACUUCGUGCUCACUUACUGGAAGUUCACGCUGAAGACUUCCCGACACCAAAUGAUGCGAACAACUACACGAAUAACAUUUUUAGACCAAAUUAAUCAAAAAAAGAUCGAAAAGUGUCUUCGGAAAUUGUGACCGAAAUUAUUUCCACGAUCCACCGGCGAGCUUUCGCCGCGGCACGAGCGAUAAUGUAU